AUGGCGUUCAACCCAGCUUAUCAGUUACGUCGUACAAAGACUAAUACGUCUUUGCAAACGGACUCUUCUUCCCUUAUUGAGAGAGCGAACUCGUUGUUGUCCGAAUCGCAGUCGCUGUGGGUGUUAUUCAGUCCUUCCAUGGAUACACAGUCCGCUGUGAACGUGGAUUCUGAUAUCUUAUCCUUGACUGUAGACAGCCAACAGGAAGACCUGGACCAACUGGUGGCCGAAUACGACCUGGAAGGACAGGAAGAUGAAGAAAUAGACGAAGACGAUGACGAUGAAAUCAUUAACGAAACACUAUCGCGUGAUAUCGAGGAGGACGAUUCUUUAAUAGAUCACUACGCUAAUCCCAGUGCCUCCCCAGCAAUAACACAGCGGUUAGAGCAGCUCAUUCUUAAUUACACAGGUGCCGAUUCUUCUCUUCGCAAGCGCAUUAAUGAGUGGAAGUCUUCCCAAGAUGUGAUGCCCGCUUCUACGGUUGAUGAAGACAAUAUUGCCUCGUGGGACUUGGAUGAAGGCAUAGUCUCGGAGAUAUUAUCACAAUCUCAAGCGCUGGCGCACCCCAGGGCCAACCACCAAGUGUCGUCUCAGGAACAAACACAAUCUGCAUCGCUCUUAUACACUUCUUCUGCAUUGGGUAGCGGAUCAUCGCGUGAUCUGAAACACUAUGGAAAUGAUGUCUUUAAGAACUACUCCAAGAAGGACAUUAUGAGAUUUAAGAUGAUUGCAAAAAACUUGAAAACGUCUCUCAAUAGAAAAGACGACGAUCAAAGCAGUAGUUUGACAUAUUUGAUUAUGAGAUUAUUUGAAAAACAACAGGAACAAAGAGAACAUGAGCAGUUGCUUCAACAACAACAAAAACAGAAACAGCGCCAGCAACAACGACUUAAUUUUCAACACAAAAGGUAUUCUACUAUUCUAAACGAUUUUUCUAAUCUUAAGGAAAAUAGAAACUUUUUGUCUUCUGUCAUUGCAAACCAAUUGAGAAACUCUACAUUUUCCCAUAGAGAAAACGACUACUACGGAGACCAGUUAGAAAAUGAUAGAUACUCGAGUACUGCAUCUUCCUCCUUAGUAGUUUGCAGCGGAAUGGGAGCAAACUCAUCAUGGAACGAUAUAUAA